UACUGUAAAGGAAGUGAAUGUGAUAUAUACCACUUUGGCUGAUGUGCGGAGGUCCUUCAGAAAUAGAAAAUGCGAGUUCGUCAUCAUUAGGUAAGCGAUGAUAAACAGAGGAAAAAAAAUAAUAAAUAAAAAAAAAUGGACGAAGAAGAGAGAAGGAAUGACUGCUGGAUUAUGUUAGGUGCCGAAGGUCAGGAGAGAUGAUUGAAAUACGUAGACAGUGACAUACGCAGAAGACACUGGUUCAUAUUCUCUCUGUCCUCUCACCACGGCUAUUCUCAGGGGCCUGUGAAGAUUAGACGGGUUCUCAAGAGUGUUUACCCUGUUGAUAAUGUGGAAAUCUUAUUAAUCUGUCAUUAGAACGAUAAAAAAAUAAAUAAAAACCUGUGUAACUUCAUCUAGAGCCUUUUGAAAAUAGUAGAAGUACAGCGUGUGUUUCAGAAUAGGACCCAGGGAAGGAAGGACGUAUUACAAGUGCAGGAAUAAAAAUGAGAAGAAAAGCAAGUUAAAAAGAAGUUAAGAGGACAUAAAGAAAAGAAAAAUAAAAGAAGGGCAAACAAGAGCAAAAUACAUAGUGUUAAGUAAAUAGGUACCAUUGAGACACGGAAGAAAAGCCGAAAGAUAAUUGAAGUUAUGUAAUAAUGUGAUAAUUUCGGUUCACUAAUAGAGCAGGUUACACAGUACAUUACAUAAAAGUACAACAAACUCUUGACCGUGUGGAUAAAAUUAGGGGCAAUUAAAGACAAGUGGCAAUGAUAUAGUGAACAUCUGAGAAAAAAAAAAUUAAAACACUCGAGUAAAAAAACAAAUGUAUGAUAGGCAUGUUAUUUGAGUUUUUUAUGAGAUACUGAUGUUAAAGUAUGAGAGAGAGAGAGAGAGAGAGAGAGAGAGAGAGAGAGAGAGAGAGAGAGAGAGAGAGAGAGAGAGAUUGUAAGAAAGAAAAAUCAAGUGUGUGUGUGUGUGUGUGUGUGUGUGUGUGUGUGGGGCCCGCUCACUUCCCUCGCCUGACAUAAACACCUCAAGAUAACCUGAGUCCUUAUCAAGUGUGUUUUGAAUCAGCCAGUUCGCGUCCUGUCCUUGGUGUUUAUAAUGCCUCCUCUUCCAUUCUUCAUCCAUCUUCCUAGGUCUUAUUUCUUGUAAUAUUCCCAUCUUAUCCCUCCCCCUCCUCCUCCUUAUCCUCCUCCUCCUCCUCCUUUUCUGUCUUUUUCUUUUCUCAUCUACUUUCGCUUCUUCCUCUCUUUCCUCUUUCCUUUUUUUUUCCUUUUUUUCUUCCUAAAGUAAUAAGAAAAAAAAAACAUUUACCUAACUUCAGCAAAUACCAUAACAAGAUAAACAUUAUAAGAUAAAUCUCAGAAACGACUCAUGAUGUUACUGCAUACCUACUCAGUGUUCUUGGUCGCUGACUGACGAACUAGAGAGACGGAGGAGAUUGUAGAGGGAGGGCGUGAGUGGGCAGGGAGAUAACAUGAUAGCGUGCGUCAGGGGAGGGGUUGAAGACUGACAGUAAUGCCUGAAACUCCCUCGGGUCCUGCAAUACACUGCCGGGGAGGGUGAGUGGCGAGUUGUCUUGAUGGUAGCUAGAGUGAUUGAGUGAAGUGUCCGCCUCUACUGAAGGAAAAAGGACGAGGUGAAGUCCACAUUAAAUAUACUCGGCACCUGAACAUUCAAAUAAGAAAAUACGAAACUACGAAUUUGGUGACCCUCGCAUCAACUUACGCCGACGACUGCCACCCUGGCCUAAAUAGAAGCAACAGAUAUGGGAAGCAUGAGUGGAGACAGCACGAGUGAGGAGAGCGUCGGGGUGAUGGUGGGCGGUGCAGCGCUGCAGGAGGAGGGAGGGCGUGGCGGCAGUCCACUAGAAAGGUCCACGCCCCAUCCCCCAGCCAACACCACCUACCGCGUGUACAAGCAGCGAUGGUUGGUGCUCCUCACGGUGGUAGUGCUCAACAUCUCCAACGCUGGGCUGUGGAUUAACAUCGCGCCGGUGGCGUACAAGGCAGCGGCGUUCUUUGAUGUAAACAUCACGGACGUCAACUGGUUCAGUCUGGUGUUCCUGUUUGUGUCCAUUCCUUUCUGUUUCAUCUCCACGCUCAGCGUUAACCAGCUGGGCCUCAAGCCUGCCAUUCAUAUUGGAUCGAUCCUGAACUGUGUGGGUGCCUUGACGCGCGCCGUGGCCACGGCAGGCUUUCUUCCUACAGAGGUCGUGUUUCCCUUGUGUUUGACAGGCCAGGUGAUCGCUGCCAUGGCCCAGUCUUUCCUGCUGUUCAUCCCGACGAAAGUAUCCCAACUAUGGUUCCCCGAGACGUCCCGGGCUAUCUCCACCACCAUCCUGUCCAUGUCCAAUCCUCUCGGCAUCCUGGUGACGCAGGUAGUGUCGCCGCUUAUAGUGACGGAGAAGGAGAACAUUCCGACGCUCAACUACGUGUUUGGCGGUAUAGCCGUCUUCUCCCUUCUCACAACUCUCGUCUGCGUCACAAGGUCGAUGCCGCCGACACCUCCCAGCCACAGCGCCGCGCGGGGAGAGAGAGAUCGAGCCCCUUACCUGCAGCAGCUUAAGGAAACUUUCACUUCCGUUCCCUACCUGCUCCUCCUGCUGGCCCUCGGGUGUGGCGUGGCGCUGUUUUCAUCCCUGGCCACCGUGACACAGCAAAUUCUGUGUCCCCUCGGCUACAACGAUCUUUUCAGCGGCGUGGCCAUGGCGGUGAUGAUCCUGUGUGGCUUCGUGGGGUCUGCCGUGACAGGUGUGGCGGCGGACCGUACCAAGGCUUUCACGCCCAUCACCAAACUUUUCUACGGAUGUGCCGCCAUCUUCGCUAUUUUCAUGAUGGAGAUGUUCCUGGUGCCCGGACAACCUGCCCUUGUGACCAUCUCCUGCGGCCUCUUCGGAUUCUUUGGAGUCGGGGUAUACCCGAUCGGCCUGGAGCUGGCGGUGGAGGCGACCUUCCCCGUGGAGGAGACCAUCAGCACCGCCUUUAUCUUCAUGUCCGGUCAGGCCCAGGGUGCGAUCAUCAUCGCCAUGGUGACGCUUCUCUCCCGUGACCAGUUGGCUAAGUACGCCCAUCUGGAAGUGUGCACUGGUGGGGAGAGUUCAGACCUGCACCCCAGGGAUUAUUCAGUGUCCCUGAUGGCCAUCAUGGGGCUGCUGUCCUUCAUGGUGAUCAUGAUAAUCAUCUUCUUCAACACGCCUUACAAGAGACUGGAAGCCGAGAAAGCGUCCACCAGUAACAUCUCCAGCUCCUCCUCUAGCCACUCUCUCACUGCCACCUCUGGCUAUGGGACAGAGGGUGUCUCUAGGAACACCACCACCUCCUCCCGCGUCUCCAGGAACCACCCCACUGUGCUUCCCGUGAACAUCACAGAAACGCCGGAAGCUGAGGAGGAAUACGAGCAGUGUCACCUAUAGCAGAGGCCCGGCAGGUGUGCCCGAGGGGGUGCCGGUGCCGGUGCCGGUGCCGCACGUCUCCUUGAGUGUCGCAAACACCGUACUGUGGGUUGUGAUGGCAGCGAGUGGUAGUGGCAGAGAAAAGCCGAUAAUGCAGCACGGCCAUGCUGCUGCUGAUGUUGCUUUUUCUAAUUUGUCAUUAUAGACCACGUGAUUGCCACUUCGGUGAGUGUCUGUGGGUGAAGCUGCUCGCCUGGUGAUGCAGGGGCACGCCAUGGCCUGGGCAGGCACGAGCCGCGCCGCCCGUCACGUGGCUGGGGACGACUUGCUAAAAUCUCACCUUCACGCAGAUUCGCACAUUCUUUUUCGAAUCACGCCUUAAUUAUUUAUUUGUCACGUAUUUAUGCAACUCAUAUCUUGCCAUGAAGAUAAAGCUCAAAGAAUACAUGAAUUCCAUACAA